CUUUCCGGUUAGUGUUUUUUCGACGAACCCGCCCACUCGAGGCGUCACGAUAGCAGCGAUGUGCCAUCAUGGCCACCGAGAGGUUGUCUAUCUUGGACUCGCUGGAGAACUUGUCCAAAAGGAACUACGACCGCUUCUGCAUGGCUCUGGUGGACCGGCGCGGGGAGCGAAAGGUGACCCUCAGCAUGGUGGAGGACCAGAGCCGGACGGAGGUCACCAACGCGCUGGUGUCCACCUUCACAAAGGCCGGAGCCCCCGUCGUGGUCUCCGAGAUCUUGCGGCUCAUCGGCUGCUUCGACGAGGCGGAGCAGCUCGAUUCACAAAUUGCCUGCAUUGACAGACAGUCCUCAAAUGCAACGCCUGGCUAUCGAUGCCAUGCUAUCGGCCGGCGACCAGUCCCAGGUGUGGUUUCCCUUUCACAGGAGUUUAGCGGGGAUAGGCUCCGCCUCCCUUUGAACAUGAAUAGUAUCAGCAGGAUAGAAAAUGCGAGGAUGGAUCCUCCCGUGGCAGCCGCACGGCCACGUGAGGUUUUUCCCACCGAAGCGGGAUCACAAGUUAUCGACGAUUCACAAAUUGCCCGAAUUGACAGACAGUCCUCGAAUGCAACGCCUGGACAACAAGCAGCACGUCCAACUGAAGUUGUUGGUCUUACCAAAAAUAGUCCAAAUAUUCAUAUUCAGCAAGUCCGAGAAGCAGCACGUCCAUCUGAAGUUGUUGCUCUCACCAAAAGCAGUCCAAAUGUUCACAUUCAGCAAGUCCGAGGAUGCCCUGAUAUUGACUGCCGACCACUCCCGAGUGUGAUCUGCCUUUCACAGGAGUUUAGUGAGGAUAGGGACCGCCUCCCUUUCGUCAUAACUACUAUCAGCAGAACAGAAAAUAAACGGAUGGAUCCUCCCGUGGUAGCCGCACGGCCACCUGACGUUUUUCCCACCCAAACGGGAUCACAAGUUACCGACGGAUGCCCAGCGAUUGACUUGGGACCAGUCCAGACACUGCAUCCUCUUUUUCCGAGGUUUCACCCUGUGGUCCUAAAUGAAAACGCAGAAAAACGAUGGAUGAUUCCUCCCAUGGCACUAGCACCGAUACCUGACUCUAUGCGCACCCAAGAGGGAUCGCUGGUUAUCGACGCGGCAUCACAGCCACCAGCAGAGAAUAAUGACAACCCAGCGUCAGAGGAAGCAGAAGAGGAAGAUGAUGACAACGAUGACAGCUACGACAGCGACGAUGGGAGUGAUUACGACAGUGACGACACCUUCGCUGAAAAAGUCAUAAUAUACUGUGCGAAAAAGAUGAGGAAAAUAUAUGUCCGGGGUCGCAGAUUUGGCAAAAAAAUGUUUUGACAUC